AUGUCGAGAGAGGCCAUACAUUCGGUGUCUAUUUCGUGGACUAAUAUCCAAGUGUUGACUAAAACAAAGAAAUCUAUUUAUAAUUGUUUUCAAACCAAUGAAACCUCGAAAGAGAUCAUUCGUAACGUAUCAGCUGGAAGUUUGUUAGCUAUAAUGGGCGCCAGUGGCGCCGGAAAGACAACUCUAUUGAAUGUAUUGACGGCAAGGAAUUUAUCGCAACUGUCCGUCAAUGGAGUGGUACUCAUGAAUGGACAGACAGUCAGUCAACAGACCAUUGCAUCCAUUUCCUCGUAU